AUGCCGCCUACAGGCCCGGUCCUCACUUCACUAUCCAACGAGAUCUUGGCCAUAAUCUGCAACGAUCUCUCAGCAAAAGAUCUGGCCGCUGUUCGACUCACAUGCAAAGAGGUGAAUCCCGCCGCCACGACUGAGUUCGCCACACGAUAUUUCCGAGAUCCAUUCGUUAUGAUGUCGAAAAAGAGCCUCGAGACACUGGUCCAAAUAUGCAAACACCCUGUUUUUGGCCCACAAGUGCGCAAGAUUCAACUGCUCAGCGCAAGGCCGUCUGGAUAUUCUCUGCAACCUCUGGACGAAAAGUUCACGAAAGCGGUUGAGAGAAAGGAUGUCGCGAGGGUCAAAAAGUUCAGAUCUCGGGAUCGGAGAUUGGUCGACGUGAUCGCGGAGCAACUCGAGUUUGAAGUGUCUUCAAGCUCGCAUGAACUCAUGAAAGAAGCCUUCAUGACUCUCGAGCAAUAUCAGAAAUCUGUCACCAUUGCCGUCCAGCGACUCUCCACGCCAUAUUCACCAAUCGGACUGGCCAAGGCCUUCAAGGACCUCAGAGACCCGACACAUGAGAUUCUUGAUGAUCAGGAUAUUGUGUCGACGCUGGACUUCAUGCUGAAAGCCGCUUCAUGCACCAACUGCGUGGCCAGAAAGGUUGAAAUCAGCCUGGAUGCACUCGUACAUUGGCCGCGUGGUUUUCUGUGGGAAUGUUUUCGAGAAUCUCCACGCGAGCACGCAUCGCUUCUCAUGCUUCUCGAGGAUUUCCAUCUCAACUUCUCAUGGCAUGGAAGCCGCAACGCGAAUUACCUGGCUGCUGAUGCACUAGGUUCUAUCGUCCGACGCAUCCCCAAGAUCCUCAAGAGCUUCACGCUGAGUUCCGACUGCGAUGUUUCUCGUCUCGGAAGACUUGUCCUAGAUCGGAGCGAUCCGUUUGGCUGGUACAACGCCUUGAAGAGCAUCUCUUUAAACAAGCUUAUGUUGCGAGAAGAACAGCUGAUUGGCUUUCUCAGACGGAAUCAGGCAUCUCUGAAGCGUCUGGAACUUCUUGAGUUGACCAUUGUUGGAAAUUGGGAUCAGACACUGAGCUGGAUCUCCAGGAAUCUGACUCUCGAUUGGUUCGCACUUGACCGAGGGUACAAGGUCCUAGGCCACACCCGUGUUCGGGGAUACACCGAAGGUUCAGCAGCGCAAUGGUAUUCUACCAGAUGCGAGUUUCAAGGCAAGCAAGAGGUCUAUCGUGGCUUGGAUCUGUUUGUCGAGAUGCAGGCUGAGGAAAGACAAGUACGCGGCACGGCACUUCUUGCUCGAAAAUAG